AUGGCGGCGGUGGCGGUGGAGGAGGAGCUGGAGAAGCUGCGGAUGUCCGGGGCCGGGAAGGCCAUCGCCGUGCUGACCAGCGGCGGGGACGCCCAGGGUAUGAAUGCUGCAGUCCGGGCUGUGACUCGUAUGGGGAUAUAUGUUGGAGCAAAAGUUUUCCUGAUUUAUGAGGGCUACGAAGGCUUGGUGGAAGGAGGAGAGAACAUUAAACAGGCAAACUGGCUGAGCGUCUCCAAUAUUAUCCAGUUGGGAGGCACCAUCAUCGGCAGUGCUCGGUGCAAAGCUUUUACCACCCGAGAGGGCCGCCUGUCCGCUGCCUAUAAUUUGGUUCAGCAUGGCAUUACCAACCUGUGCGUCAUUGGUGGGGAUGGCAGCCUGACGGGCGCCAACAUCUUCCGCACAGAAUGGGGCGGCCUGCUGGAGGAACUGGUGUCUCAAGGGAAGAUCACAGAGGCGGUGGCCCAGACGUACUGUCACUUGAACAUUGUCGGGUUGGUGGGCUCCAUUGACAAUGAUUUCUGUGGCACUGAUAUGACCAUUGGCACCGACUCAGCCCUGCAUCGGAUCAUGGAGGUGAUUGAUGCAAUCACCACCACAGCUCAGAGCCAUCAGAGGACAUUUGUGCUGGAAGUCAUGGGCAGGCACUGUGGGUAUCUGGCUUUGGUCUCAGCCUUGGCGUCGGGAGCUGACUGGCUCUUCAUCCCAGAGGCUCCUCCCGAGGAUGGCUGGGAGAAUCACAUGUGCAAGAGACUUGGGGAGACACGGAGCAGAGGGUCCAGACUCAAUAUCAUCAUCAUUGCUGAAGGUGCCAUCGAUAGAAAUGGGAAGCCCAUCUCAUCCAGAUACGUAAAGGAGCUGGUUGUUAAGUGUCUUGGAUUUGAUACUCGAGUGACGGUCCUGGGCCAUGUACAGCGAGGAGGAACUCCCUCUGCUUUUGACCGGGUCUUGAGCAGUAAAAUGGGGAUGGAGGCCGUGAUGGCGCUACUGGAAGCCACGCCCAACACACCAGCCUGUGUCGUGAGUCUGUCUGGGAACCAGUCUGUCCGACUGCCCCUAAUGGAGUGCGUUCAAGUGACAAAAGACGUGCAGAAAGCCAUGGAUGAGAAAAGGUUUGAUGAAGCAAUCCUUCUCCGAGGGAGGAGUUUUGAAAAUAACUGGAACAUUUACAAGCUCCUUGCACACCAGAAGAAAGCACUGGAAAAGACCAACUUCUCCAUAGCAAUUUUGAACAUUGGGGCGCCUGCAGCUGGGAUGAAUGCGGCAGUGAGGUCAGCAGUGAGAAUUGGAAUCUCGAAGGGGCACACAGUGUAUGUCGUGAACGACGGCUUCGAAGGCUUAGCCAAAGGGCAGGUCCGAGAGGUGGGCUGGCAUGACGUAGCCGGCUGGCUGGGCCGCGGCGGGUCGAUGCUGGGAACCAAGAGAACCCUCCCAAAGACAUUCAUGGAGAAAAUCGUGGAAAGCAUUCGGAAGUAUAACAUCCAGGGUCUAUUGGUCAUCGGGGGCUUUGAGGCGUAUGAGGGCGUGCUGCAGCUGGUCGAAGCCCGAGGGCAGUACGAGGAACUGUGCAUCAUCAUGUGCGUCAUUCCGGCCACUAUCAGCAACAACGUCCCCGGCACCGACUUCAGCCUCGGCUCGGACACCGCUGUCAACGCUGCCAUGGAGAGCUGCGACCGAAUUAAGCAGUCGGCUUCUGGGACCAAGCGCCGGGUGUUCAUCGUGGAGACGAUGGGCGGGUACUGCGGUUACCUGGCCACGGUGACGGCCAUCGCCGUCGGAGCAGACGCCGCCUAUAUCUACGAAGAUCCUUUCACCAUCCACGACUUAAAGGCAAAUGUGGAGCACUUGACCGACAAAAUGAAAACAGACAUUCAGAGAGGCCUGGUGCUCCGAAAUGAAAAGUGUCACGAACAUUACACGACAGAAUUUUUGUAUAAUCUGUACUCAUCCGAGGGGAAAGGGAUUUUCGACUGUAGGACCAACGUCUUGGGCCAUCUUCAGCAGGGAGGAGCUCCGACCCCGUUCGACCGUAACUACGGCACCAAGUUGGGCGUGAAGGCUAUGAUCUGGAUGUCGGAAAAACUGCAGGAGGCCUACCGCAGGGGGCGGGUGUUCGCCAAUUCGGCAGACUCAGCCUGCGUGAUUGGCUUGAAGAAGAAAGUGGUGGCCUUCAGCCCCGUGACUGAACUCAAGAAAGUCACUGAUUUCGAACACAGGAUGCCCCAGGAGCAGUGGUGGCUAAAUCUGCGCCUCAUGCUGAAGAUGCUGGCCAACUAUCAGAUCAGCCUGACCGAGUACGUCUCCGGGGAGAUGGAACACGUCACCCGACGCACCCUCAGCAUCGAGAAGGGCUUCUAACGGCCCCUCCGGCCGCCGGAAGACUCUCCCCCAUCCCUCUGUCCCUGCUUCCUUCCCAUCCCAAAUGCCUGUGAGUGCCAUGCUGACGGAGAACAACCCCGGGCCUAGGAGGGCGAGGGCUGCUUCAAGCGCUUAGUACAGUGCUCUGCACACAGUAAGCGCUCAAUAAAUACGCUUGAAUGAAUACACCACCCGAGAGCCGGGCGAUGAGACCGGACCGCCACUGCAGGACCGAAGGAGCUCAGGAAGCCAGAUGGGUGAACCGGACGUGACCGGAUCCCCUUCCUGGGUACUACUGACCAGAUGGACUUUAAUAAUAAUAAUGAUGAUGGCAUUUGUUAAGCACUUACUAUGUGCCAAGCACUGUUCUAAGCACUGGG